UAUGGUCCGGGGAGAGGCGCCGUCUUGGCGUCACCUUCUGCGCAGGCGCAUUAGGCGGCGAACCCGUGCAUGUGGGGACCCGAGGUUCCGGCGAGAAGAGGGAGAGGAAUUAAGGGCGGCUGCCAAGUUGGGACCGAGCGAUCAGCCAUGCCGAAGGGAGGGAAGCACCACCAGGCCCAAGAGGAAUGGAUCGGGGACGAGGAGGAGAAGAAGAAGAAGAACGGCUCCGUAGAGGGGGCUGGAGACAAAGUGGUCAAGAAGGGGAAGAAGGAUAAAAAGACUAAAAAAUCGUUCUUUGAAGAGUUGGCUGUGGAAGAGAAGCAUGCCAGCGAGGAGCAAGCUGUUGAGAAAGAAAAAGAGCUCCAACAGCAGCAGCAACAGCAAAAGAAGAGGCGAGAUAAGAAGAAAGAUCGGAAGAAAAAAGGUGCAGACGAAGACGAUGAAGAGAACCAACUGAUAGAGAGGCUGAAGAAACUGUCAGCCCAAGCCAGCGACGAGGAGGAGGAAGUGCCUAUCUCCCUCAGCAAAUCGAGUAAGAAAAAGAAGGGCGGAAACGUGUUUGCUGCCCUGAAUCAGGAGCAGAGUGAGGAGGAGGAGGAGGAAGAAGAAGAAGAAGAUCAGAAGCCCAUCAGAACUGAUAAGAAUAAGAUUAACAAGGAGGAGGCGGAGGAGGAAGAGAGCAAGCAAAAGAGCAGAAAAAAUGAGAAGAACAAAGGAAAACAGAAGCCACAGAACAUGUUUGCUGCUCUAGAGAACGAGGAGGAAGAGGAGGAGGAAGAGGAGGGGGAUGAGGAUGAUUAUGAGGAAGACCCCGACAAGGGCAAAGAAAAAUCCAAGCAGAACAGCCAGCCGCAGUCGGAGGAAGAGGACGAGGAAGGAGAGAAGAAGGAAGAUGAUCCCUACGCACACCUUAGCAAAAAGGAGAAGAAGAAACUCAAGAAACAGAUGGACUUUGAGCGGCAGGUGGCAAGCCUGAAAGCAGCCAACGCGGCAGAGAAUGACUUCUCUGUGUCACAGGCAGAGCUGUCCUCUCGGCAGGCCAUGCUGGAAAAUGCCUCCGACAUCAAGCUAGAAAAGUUUAGCAUCUCGGCUCAUGGCAAAGAAUUGUUUGUCAAUGCGGACCUAUAUAUUGUGGCCGGGCGCCGGUAUGGUCUAGUGGGACCUAACGGGAAAGGCAAAACCACCUUGCUAAAGCACAUUGCCAACCGCGCCUUGAGCAUCCCUCCCAAUAUCGACGUACUUCUCUGUGAGCAAGAGGUGGUUGCAGACGAGACCCCGGCGGUGCAAGCUGUGCUCAAAGCUGACACCAAACGGCUGAAGCUGCUGGAAGAGGAGAAGCGUCUGCAGGCGCUGCUGGAGAAAGGUGACGACACCGCUUCCGAACGGCUGGAAAAGAUCUAUGAGGAAUUGCGGGCCACGGGAGCGGCAGCCGCAGAAGCCAAAGCCCGGCGAAUCCUGGCAGGUUUGGGCUUCAACCCUGAGAUGCAGAACCGGCAGACCAAGAAGUUCUCUGGGGGCUGGCGCAUGAGGGUGUCCCUGGCCAGAGCACUCUUUAUGGAGCCCACAUUACUAAUGCUGGAUGAGCCCACCAACCACCUGGAUCUCAACGCUGUCAUCUGGCUGAACAACUACCUUCAGACGUGGAAGAAGACUCUCCUGAUUGUUUCCCACGACCAGGGCUUCCUGGAUGACGUUUGCACAGACAUUGUGCAUCUGGAUAUGCAGAAACUCUUCUACUACCGGGGAAACUAUAUGACUUUCAAGAAGAUGUAUCAGCAGAAACAGAAGGAGCUGCUUAAACAGUAUGAGAAGCAGGAAAAGAAGCUGAAGGAACUGAAGGCUGGAGGGAAGUCCACGAAACAGGCAGAAAAACAGACCAAGGAGGCCUUGACCCGCAAGCAGCAGAAGUGUCGCAAGAAGAACCCGGAUGAAGAGGCCAGCGAGGCUCCUGAACUCCUGAAGCGGCCUAAAGAGUACACUGUGAAGUUCACUUUUCCAGACCCACCGCCUCUCAGCCCCCCCAUUCUGGGCCUGCAUGGGGUAGACUUCGGGUAUGAAGGGCAAAAGCCUCUUUUCAGAAAUCUGGAUUUCGGGAUUGACAUGGAGUCUCGAAUCUGUAUCGUUGGCCCCAAUGGUGUGGGGAAGAGUACGCUGCUCUUGCUGUUAACGGGAAAGCUCACCCCAACAAGAGGAGAAAUGAGGAAAAACCACAGGCUAAAAAUCGGGUUCUUCAACCAGCAGUAUGCUGACCAGCUGAAUAUGCAGGAGACGGCGACGGAGUACCUACAGCGCAACUUCAACCUGCCUUACCAGGAUGCCCGGAAAUGCCUGGGGCGCUUCGGCCUGGAGAGCCAUGCCCACACCAUCCAGAUCUGCAAGCUUUCUGGUGGACAGAAAGCUCGUGUGGUGUUUGCUGAACUGGCUUGCAGAGAGCCUGAUGUCCUCAUUUUGGAUGAACCUACUAAUAAUCUGGAUAUUGAGUCAAUCGAUGCCUUGGGAGAUGCCAUCAACGAGUAUAAAGGGGCUGUGAUCAUUGUCAGCCAUGACGCCCGGCUUAUCACAGAGACCAACUGCCAGCUCUGGGUGGUGGAGGACCAGACGGUCAAUCAGAUCGACGGCGACUUUGAAGACUACAAACGUGAAGUGCUGGAAGCCUUGGGCGAAGUCCUCGUCAAUCGACCCCGGGAGUAAGGCAGGAAGAGGCGGAGCCUCUGCAGAACAGGCCCAGCCUCUUCCUGUUUUCUGAGUGGAAGCUCUUCCCCCAUCUUGUGAAGAAAGGACUCCUCUUUAUCUGAUAACCGGGAGGGAAAGAGAGACUGACCAUGCGCAAGAUGCCCGUUUCCCCCCUCUACACCUACCAGCAAGAAAGUGAAAAUGUUGAGGUGGUUGGUCGAGUGUGGGAAUGAUUGAGAAGGGCUGAUUUUUCCACAAGGCAAAUAAUUUUUGACUGGACUUUCUCGUUUUGCAUAGCUCUCCCUGCACUGGCUUCUCUUUUUGAGAAUAGUUGGAGCAGAACCAUGUAAACUUAUUAAAUUAAAAUGUGAAGGACACCUUG